AGUCGCACACGCGUUCAUCCUGUCUGCAGCUGGAACGCACUUUCUUGCCCUCUCCAUCAGCACCAGCACCACGUGCAGUCUCUGCUCAGACCUGAGACCACUUCUGUGACUGGGGAGUUGGAUGAGACCCUCAGAGUGGGAACUUAGCUGGUGCAAAGGAACCUGGGAGCCUCCCGUGUUUCCUGUGACGCACUCCGGAGACCUGCGACAGGCGCGUCCGUGACUCCAGUCCUCCAGACCCAAGCGACCCUGGUGUGUGUCUGUUCCAGCAGAGUGAUCUGAGUUGGCUGCUGUCUGUGGGCGGGGGGUGGGGGGAAGAGGGACCCGGGUUCGGAACCGUUAGUCGAACCAAAACCCGACAGGUGAUCCGGAGCGUCAGAAACCUGCCGUUCACAGGAAUGUAUAACUUCUCUGUGAUGACCAGAGGCUGCGCUGCUCUGUAACUGCAGGGGCAGAGAAAUAAAGUGGAUUCUAUGAAUUAAUGACUGAAAUUUGGUGCAAGGAUGCUGAUGCGGAGCCAGAUCGAAUCCCCGCGGACACAUUUGGUGGAGACGCUGUGGUGAUGUGACAAACAGCUGGAGUCAGACAACAUCUGUGUGACCUGUGACACUGAGAGUGAACAGCUGCUCCUGCUGCGGAGAGAAAGGUACCUGGACACAUCACAAUCUGUGCAACUGGGAACGUGUCAAGUGUUAAGUUUCAUUUGAAGCUCUGAGUGCAGGUUCCAGGAAGAAUGUGAAACUGCUACUGUGGUGACCUCAAAGCUGCCCUGCCUCAGACAGGUAUGUCCAACGCAGGAACUUGUACCUCAGGAAAACCUUGGAGUUGGUGUUUGUAGGUGGGAGUGCCCCCACCGCGGUCACAAGGCCUUUGUAACAGGGUGAAUCCAUGGUCUGGCUUGGCCUGUUCUCGCCACACAGCCUGCACAACUGCUAUAUCCACCUGUCUGUUGACUGUUUGAUCAUAUCACUGCUCCCUUUCCCUGCUGCUCGACUUACUACAACAUGGCGAGGGGUUUGAAUCCCCCAAUCAGCUUCGGCCACUGCUUGCUCUCUCUGCUGAUGCUUAAGAGCUGCUGGCUGCUAGGCUCCACAUCUCAGAAGCCUGCCGACUCCCAGCCGCCCCAGCAGGAGUAUGCCCACUCCAUCCGGCUGGAUGGCGACAUCAUCCUGGGUGGCUUGUUCCCUGUGCAUGCUCGCGGUGAGAGGGGCGUGCCUUGUGGCGAGCUGAAGAAAGAAAAGGGUAUCCACAGGCUGGAGGCAAUGCUGUUCGCCAUCGACCUAAUCAACAAGGAUCCAGAGCUGCUACCCAACGUUACGCUGGGGGCACGAAUUCUGGACACAUGUUCACGUGACACCUAUGCUCUGGAGCAGUCACUCACCUUUGUCCAGGCACUCAUUGAGAGGGAUGGAUCUGACGUACGCUGCUCUAACGAUGUCCUGCCCAUCUUUGCCAAACCAGAUAAGGUGGUGGGCGUCAUUGGGGCGUCAGCCAGCUCUGUGUCGAUCAUGGUGGCCAACAUCCUGCGACUGUUCAAGAUUCCUCAGAUUAGCUACGCUUCAACAGCUCCAGAGCUCAGCGACAACACCCGCUACGACUUCUUCGUCCGCGUGGUCCCUCCAGACUCCUACCAGGCUCAGGCCAUGCUGGACAUCGUGACAGCGAUGGGCUGGAACUACGUGUCCACGCUCGCCUCCGAGGGAAACUAUGGCGAGAGCGGCGUAGAGGCCUUCGUCCAGAUCUCCAGGGAUUCAGGUGGGGUCUGCAUCGCCCAGUCUCUGAAGAUUCCUCGGGAGCCGAGACCCGGCGAGUUCGACAAGAUCGUCCUGCGUCUGAUGGAGACACCCAACGCCCGUGCUGUCAUUUUGUUUGCCAAUGAGGACGACAUCCGGCGAAUCCUGGAUGCGGCGAAACGCAACAACCUGACGGGCCACUUCCUGUGGGUGGGCUCUGACAGCUGGGGCUCUAAGAUCUCUCCAGUGGUCCAGCAGGAGCGGGUGGCCGAGGGCGCCAUCACCAUCCUCCCCAAGAGGGCGUCAGUGGAUGCGUUCGACCGCUACUUCAAGAGCCGCUCGCUUUCCAACAACCGAAGGAACGUCUGGUUUGCCGAGUUCUGGGAGGAGAAUUUCGGCUGUAAGCUGGGGAUGCACGGCAAGAGACUAGGCAGCCCCAAGAAAUGUACAGGGUUGGAGAAAGUCGGCCGUGACUCCACCUACGAGCAGGAGGGGAAGGUGCAGUUUGUGAUGGACGCCGUGUAUGCCAUGGCCCACGCUCUGCACCACAUGCACCGCGAGCUCUGCGCCGGAUCCCCCGGGCUGUGUCCGCGUAUGGCCAACAUCGAUGGCAAAGAACUGCUGGCUCACAUCUGCACCGUUAACUUCAAUGGAAGUGCAGGGACUCCUGUCAUCUUUAACAAGAAUGGCGAUGCUCCUGGACGCUACGACAUCUUCCAGUAUCAGAUCAACGACGGCUCGACAGCAGAGUACAAGGUCAUCGGACACUGGACCAAUCAGCUGCAUCUAUAUAUGGAAGCCCUGCAGUGGACCACCGGCGAAUCCUCUCUUCCCACCUCUGUGUGCAGUCAGCCCUGCCGUACUGGCGAGAGGAAGAAGGUGGUGAAGGGCGUCCCAUGCUGCUGGCACUGUGAGCGCUGUGAGGGAUACCACUUCCAGGCCAGCGAGUUCACCUGCGAGCUCUGCCCCUACGAAAAGAGACCAGACCAGAAUCGCACCGGCUGCCAGUCCAUUCCCAUCAUCAAACUGGAGUGGCACUCGCCCUGGGCGCUUGUGCCCGUCUUCAUCUCCGUGCUGGGGAUCAUUGCCACUACCUUCGCCAUCAUCACCUUUGUCCGCUACAACGACACCCCCAUCGUGCGUGCCUCUGGGCGGGAGAUGAGCUAUGUACUUCUGACAGGUAUCUUCCUGUGCUACAUUAUCACCUUCCCCAUGAUCGCUGCGCCUGAUGUCGCCGUCUGCUCUUUCCGGCGCAUCUUCCUUGGCCUCGGCAUGUGCUUCAGCAAUGCUGCGCUGCUCACCAAGACUAACCGCAUCCACCGCAUCUUUGAGCAGGGCAAGACGGCAGUGACAGCACCACGCUUCAUCUCACCUGCCUCCCAGCUUGUCAUCACCUUCUCACUCAUCUCAGUCCAGCUGCUGGGCGUCCUAUUGUGGUUCACUGUCGACCCACCGCACACUUUUGUGGAUUAUGGAGAGCAGCGGACUCAGGAUCCUGAGAAUGCACGUGGCGUGCUCAAGUGUGACAUAUCUGACCUGUCGCUCAUCUGCUCUCUGGGAUACAGCAUCCUCUUGAUGGUCACGUGCACCGUAUAUGCCAUCAAGACACGUGGCGUGCCAGAGACCUUCAACGAGGCCAAACCCAUUGGAUUUACUAUGUACACAACCUGCAUCAUCUGGCUUGCAUUCAUCCCCAUCUUCUUUGGCACAGCACAGUCAGAAGAGCGGAUGUACAUCCAGACAGCCACGCUGACCAUCUCCCUCAGCCUCAGCGCCUCCGUCUCUCUGGGCAUGCUCUACAUGCCGAAGGUCUACAUCAUCAUCCUCCACCCUGAGCAGAACGUCCCGAAACGCAAGCGCAGCUUUAAGGCCAUCGUCACCGCCGCCACCAUGACCACCAAGCUGUCACAGCUGGCAGCUGAGCGGCCUAACGGCGAGGUGAAGACAGAGCUGUGUGAGGGCGUGGAGGCCAGCGUGCCUCCAACAAAAACCACCUACGUCAGCUACACCAACCACGCCAUGUGAGGGAACAACGCCUCGGACAAAAGGACCUCCUUCACAGGGAGUUUUCUGUCAGACAGAGGAGAUGUCACCAGAGCCAGGACAGAGAUGCUCUGCAUAAUGUGAAGGAACAGAGCAACAGACAAAUUGAACCAACACUUGUGUGGUGUCUUUGUGUUUACAGACCGUGGGCUUGUAAGGCUUGUAAGGACGCGUGGAAGCAAGAGGAUGGUAACCUGAAAAAAGAAGUCCUCAAAAAGAAAUACAAAAAAAGAAAUUAUGGAGACCAACCAUACUUGUUGUUAUUCUAAUUGUACGUAAAAAUUUGUGGUUGUGAAAACUUCUGAUUCUUGUCUCAUGUCGUGCGUCCGUCGACCUGCAUUAUGAGAUGAGUCCGUCGGUGUUCUCGGGUAACUGAACCGUAGCUUUUGGUUGUGAAAUGUCUAAAUGCCAUGGUUGAACUGAAGCAUGCUACUUUUUAUACAAAUGAUUUAUUUAUAAUAAAAGAAUGUUUCAGUAGUCUGUGUCGUCUUUGGUCAGUUUACAUCUGAGCUGAAACAUAAAAACUAAACUCCAAACAAUCUCCUGAUAUUCCCCUGGAGGGGCUGUAUGUGAGAGUGCAAAGGUGCAAAGGAGUUUCCCAUUUCAACCCCUAAUAAAAACUCUGGAGAAUAUUCAAACAUUGCGCCCUGCGUUACCCCUCACCCGAAUCAUAUGGAGAUUUCUGUGUUGUGAACUUGUCUGAGCGGAGAAUCUCCUGCUGCGAUGUUCAUUUGUGAAAGUCUCAAUUGUGCCGACAUUCUCCAGAGUUCAUGUCUGAAAACAGCUACGGUAUUUCUGCUCCAGAAAUCCAGCUACUGUUCUUUCUGUGUGAGUCUCUUGACUCUUGUGUUGUUUACACUCUUAUCAUAUCCACAAACUGUGGCAGUUUAACAUACACAACAGCAUUGUUGGUGGAUGGUUGAUAUUUUGAGGUGUUAUAGUUAAAUUCCACAAAGAUUGUAGACUAUAUCCAAGUUGUUUUUACAGUAAGAGGCUUUGAAAGUAGCUGAUAAAGAAAAUGUGAUAAGAGACAUGACCUACAGUAUAUAUUCAAAAGAUGAAAGGAAACUAUACCCAACACUCCACGUCCCAGUAUGGUAAAAGCUGCAGAGCAGGAAAUGAACAGAAACUCCAUCUGUGCUGGGUUUGACCUUUAACAUCAUGCAAACCUGAGUCUGGCAGGAAACUCAGCACAGUGUGCGCCUCAUUACAGACUUUUAAAAACACAGCUGAUGUGAUCGAUACGUGCAGUGGAACAGGAGAGGCCGGAUCAAUACGAGCUGCCAGAGUGAACUCCUCAUGCAUGUAAUGAAUAUUUCUGCAUCUCCUGGAAGAGAAGUAGAGCAGGACAGGUACAGUCUGUGAUGAAGGCUGCGGGCUUCCUGCUUUUAUUUCCCCAGGCGCUGCUCUCAUUUCUGCCGUUUGCAGUCAGCUGAAAGAAAAGAAGCUUUGUCUCUGCACUGCAAUGAAUACUGAAGAUGAAACUGCUCAUCUGAAUUUCUACACAGGGUUUGAUUUUAGGUUCCGUCUAAUCCCAAGUUCACUGUCCUCAGGCGCAGCUGCAAAUUUGAAUUUCCUGCUCCGGGAUCUCUGAACACUGUCUGGGAGGAACUCCAGGUGUCUCCCUGUUUCUUAUUGUUCUGACAACUGUAUUUCUGAGCACACGGUCUCAUUAGGUGUGGAAAAUUAAUGAAAAGUAAGAAACAAUCAUCACAUACUUGAGACAAUGUCAAAAUGUUAAUAACCUUUGAACCUCAAACUGUGUCUGCUGUUUUUACUCUUGUUUUGCAGGAUUAUUUACAGAGUUACUACAUGUUUCAGCUUAAUGUGUCAUAUAUGGUUUAGUUUGUGUACUCUCUCUCUCUCUCUCUCUCUCUCAGGAUCCAGAUCUGACACUGCUCAACUAUUAUUAUAAUUAUUAUUGUUGUUGUUGUUGUUGUUUUUGUUAUUAUUACUAACUGGUGCUGCUAUCAUUAUUUACAUCAACACCACGCCUCUCUUCCUCAUUUUUCUCCGCUCACCCGAUCAGUCAAGGCAGAUGGCCCUCCACACUCAUUCCAGCU